UAGUUCAAUGGAAGAACGUCAGAAAGUAAACGGAGCUCUUCGUCGUGUUUUAAACAUGGGUAUGCCUGUUGUGUGUGUUCAGGCCGGACAGAGAGGCCGCCAUCAUGUCUAAAUACUAUGAUGGGGUCGAGUUUCCCUUCUGUGAUGAGUUCUCUAAAUAUGAGAAGCUGAAAAAGAUCGGCCAGGGCACAUUUGGGGAGGUGUUCAAGGCCAAACACAGACAGACGGGGAAGGUGGUGGCUUUAAAAAAAGUACUUAUGGAGAAUGAGAAAGAAGGGUUUCCCAUCACAGCUCUGAGGGAGAUCAAGAUCCUACAGCUGCUCAAACAUGAGAAUGUGGUGAACCUCAUUGAGAUCUGCAGGACAAAAGCCACUCAGUUUAACCGGUACAAGGGCAGCAUCUAUCUAGUGUUUGAUUUCUGUGAGCACGACCUCGCUGGACUGCUGAGCAACGCUAAUGUUAAAUUCACUCUGGCUGAGAUUAAGAAGGUGAUGCAGAUGCUGCUGAAUGGACUUUACUACAUACACAGAAACAAGAUCCUCCACAGAGACAUGAAAGCAGCCAAUGUUCUGAUCACCAGAGAAGGCGUCCUGAAGCUGGCUGAUUUUGGAUUGGCCAGGGCGUUUAGUUUGGCUAAGAACAGUCAGGGGAACGGCUACACAAAUCGGGUCGUCACACUGUGGUACCGACCGCCUGAACUGCUGCUCGGUGAGAGAGACUAUGGGCCUCCCAUAGAUCUGUGGGGUGGAGGGUGUAUCAUGGCAGAGAUGUGGACCAGAAACCCCAUCAUGCAGGGCAACACAGAACAGCAACAGCUCACACUCAUCAGUCAGCUGUGUGGCUCUAUUACUCCUGAGGUUUUGCCCGGUGUGGAUAAGAAGUAUGAGCUGUAUCAGAAGAUGGAGCUUCCUAAAGGUCAGAAGCGUAAGGUGAAGGACAGACUGAAGGCUUAUGUGAAAGACCCGUACGCUCUGGACCUCAUCGACAGACUGCUGGUUCUUGAUCCGGCUCAGAGAAUAGACAGCGAUGACGCUCUCAACCACGACUUCUUCUGGUCCGACCCCAUGCCCUCUGACCUCAAAAACAUGCUGUCCACACACACCUCCAUGUUUGAGUACCUGGCACCUCCACGCAGGAGAGGACACAUGCCCCAGCAGCCAGCCAAUCAGAACAGAAACCCUGCCACCACCAGCCAAUCAGAGUUUGAGAGGGUGUUUUGAUUAAUACGGCCAGCUGUGAUUGGUCAAGGAAAUAGAGACUUCUGAUUGAAUAGGAGGAAACUUUAGUGGUCUGAUUACGGUACACAAUAUAAGACCCUUUCAACUUAUUGCUACAUCACAAUGUUGUGUUUGCAAAUAUAGUUCUUGUUUAGUGUUUGCACUAACAGAAGCUUUAUCUAAAUCACAAAAAAUACUGAUGAGCUCCGUGAUAUGAACUGCUUAAUCCAUACUGAGCUGAUCCAGCAACAGCGUGAGUUUAUUAUGCUGCAUUGUGAGAGAAAAAAAAGUGUACUUAACGUUUUCAAGCACAGAUUCAGUAUAGUAUAUCCUAUUAAAAGUCUGCUUUUCACAUUGAAAAUACUUCUAAAAAUGUUAAGUUAGUCUGGGAGAACCAGCAACCAUUAUUUAAACACCUGGUCAAGAUCUUUUCAGAUUUUAUUUUUUUUAAAGAUGUUUUUAUUUGUGAGAUCGUGUGUUUGGGUUGGAUUGAGAUAUUGGUGUAGAAGUUACUUGUAAGUGUCAUACACUAAUAAAAACUCUCAUUUCCCAGCUUUGUUUU